CCGACGUCUCAGUGAUCCCCGUCCCUUCGCCAUAUGCCCUCCGCCCCCGCCCACCGCCGCGCGAGGGAGUCGAAGGCGUCCGAGGACAUUCCCAUGACACCCACCGACGACCCCGGCGCGGAGCGAGACAGAGACGCUGGCCUUCCCCUGCCUAUCCUUCAGAGCGCGCUCGCGGGCCCGCGAACUGCGGCUACCGACAGCAAUGGCAGGCGCGUGCGCAGCAGAAAGUCGGCGCGCAUCGACCGUGGGCUGCGAGUCCACUGGGCGCGCUUUCGCCACAGGCUCGGGACAGGGACGGCGCCUAGCACAAGCACCGCGCCAGAGGACAGCACGGGCGGCAGCAGCAUCGGACACCGUCAUGCGCACACCGGCCCCGGAUCGGUACGCAUCGCGGCCGAGAAGGACGAAGUCGACGAGGUGGUGGUUGACCGCGCAUGGUGCGACGAGCUCAAGAGCUCCGUCGUAUCCCAGUCCGACCAGGGGCUCCACGCGAAAGCCGACAGGGUUGGUAGCUAUGUACCUGGCACGAGCACCGACCAAGAAAGCCUCGCGCACCUGCACGCCUCGGGCGGGCCAACGCACACGCUCUGGCUGCUCCUCCGCUGGCGGCUCUGGCCUGCUACUUUCGAUUUCUUCUCUCUCAGGUUUUUGGACGCGGCCUCAGAGCGAAACUACGCUAAAGAAUAUUGGUUCAUGCGCAAGAGCCUGGCUCUCUGGUCCUCGGGGUUCUUGAUCCUCAACUGGGUUCUUACCGUCGCAUUCAUACCAAGACCGCUGGUGCUCGCUGACAAGAUAUUUUUCUAUGGCGUGACGCCGGCGUUCACAUUUCCAGUAGUCGGGCUUGUGAUGUACGACAUACCCCGCGACAGACCGGAAAUAUAUCAAGUAUGGACAUCUCUCGCCACUUGGUGCUGGGCUAUUUACCAGUCCCUCUUUAUAUUUCUGUGCGGAUUCUACGAUCGUUCGGAGUCUGAAUUCACUUGCGGGACGAAGGACUUUGUCGGCACUUUCUAUUAUGCGUGUGCCAUACCCACCAUCGCAAUAUUCGGUCUUCAGACAAAGCGCUUUCCGUUCCUCCUCGGUGCAUUGACAUUUUUCAUCAUUUCUGCGGCGCUGCAAUUGCCGGUGCGAACGACAUUCUACCGGAACUUGAUAAACACGCUUGUGUUUCACUGCUUCCUUCUUUACAUUCAUUACAUGCGGGAAAAUGCUGAGAGAAGGCUCUACACUCUGCGAGAUCAACUCAAGAUUCAAUUCCGGGCAACUCAGAAGGCACAAGUGAACGAGCGCAAAGCGUCAGACUCGAAGCGUCGGUUAACAUCUUAUGUGUUUCACGAAGUUCGCGUGCCUCUCAAUACUGCACUUCUUGCGACGCAGAACAUGGCUGCCUCAGGCGUCAUACAGAAGUCGCAAGAAAUUGAGUUCAAGGCGCUCGAAGGCAGUCUCAGUAUGAUGUCCAAAGUUCUGAACGACGUGCUGGACUUCCAUCGGAUGGACAGUGGUCGCUUCGAGUCGGUGGCCAAACCCUAUUGUUUUCAUCAAGUCAUGCGAUCGUUAUUUGUGCCGUUGAAACUGGCGACGGAUGCCAGAAAACUGGAGUUUACUGCGAGCCUCGAUAGAAACAUUGAUUUGAUUGCCCGUCGAGCCACCUAUGCAGCGGCAGGUGAAGACCCUGCCAUCAUCGAGCGACUAUUGAAAGAACACCCGGAGGAGCCUGGAUAUGUUGUCGGCGACGAAAUGCGACUGAGGCAAAUCGUAAACAACCUAGCGUCCAAUGCGGUCAAGUUCACACCCGCCGGAGGCAAAUUGGCGAUCACGACAAAGCUGCUCUGGCCCGAAAAUCCCGAUUGCUUGACGCAGGCUCCCCCGGACAAGAGACAUCCGCACGAUGCUGGCCAUAAGAGCGAUAGGCAUCAUGGUUUGACGGACGAGCAUCUCCAGGCGCAUGACCGUAGUUCCAAUCCAGCUUUGGACAGGGUCAUCGUCCGUAUCGAGGUAUCCGACACUGGCUGCGGCAUCCAUAGCAAGGAUAUGAUUCACAAUAAUCUAUUCUCCGCCUUCAAUCAGACGGAGAUGGGCAGACAGCAAGGAGGCAAGGGCACAGGGCUAGGGUUGGCGCUGGUACGGCAGAUCGUCAAGCGGAGUGGUGGGCGACUUGGUGUGCGCUCCAAAGUCGGGGAAGGUUCAACGUUUUGGGUAGAACUGCCUUUGGGAGUCGGGAAGAAGGCGAGCAACGACACGAGCACGCGGUACUCGGAUCCGUUGUCAAGCGAAUUUGAGGCGAUGGUCGCAUCCGAUACGGCCGUAGAGCGAGCGAAACGGCGGCCCCGCGUCCGGUCGACUGCAGUAAGAGGGAUCAUGGAGCAAGGUGGCCUUGUGGAGCCUUUGACGAAGUCAGGGGAGUCGUUCACCGGCGGGAGGUUCAUAACGCCUCCGUCUCCUGCGACCGGCGCGCUGCCCACCCCAGUCGGCACGCCCGACGAAACCGGUGGACAUGCCCCGUUUGAGUUCAUACCCAUGGCCGAGGUGUCGGAGCAUGAGCCUCAGGCAGAGGUGCCCGCACCAAGCACGCCGCCGAGCGCUCCGGACCCGAGGGAGAAAAACUCGAAAUCAUCCUCCUGUUCCACGGCGAAACCGGGUUCAAGCAAGUCCAGAGAACGGCCGCCCUCGAUCGAGCUGCCCCAGGCACCGGUAUUUUCUACUCAAGCCACCGCAUCUCCGGAAAACCUACCCAGCCGCGCCAGCCACGAGCUCGUCCCUAUCGCGGAACCGGCAUCGCCCCGGGAGGACCAUCGGUUUGAGCCCGGGAUGGAGGUGCUCGUCGUAGACGACGAUCCGCUGACGCGCAUGCUCAUGAAGCGCCUGUUGACCCGGCUGGGUUGCGUGGUGUCUACGGCUGACAACGGCGAGAAGGCGCUGGAGAUGAUCACCGGGUCUUCAAACACGACGCCCGCGUCCGAGUCUGUACCUUCAGAUCCGGGGAGUUCGAGUUCGGUCGCGUCGUCGCCGGCAGCGGAACGCAAGUAUGCGAUCAUAUUCCUGGAUAACCAGAUGCCGGUACUUUCGGGCAUCCAAGCCGUCGCUCGGUUACGACGUGACGGUAGAGACGACUUUGUGGUCGGUGUGACUGGCAAUGCCCUCCUGUCCGAUCAGGAGGAGUAUCUCGAGGCGGGCGCGAACCACGUGUUGACGAAGCCCGUACUCGAAAAGUCGCUGAAGAACAUGCUGUCCCUCGCUCAUCGGCGCUUAAGAGCUUCAUGAAUGUUGCCUAUGUGGAAAUUCUGGCCCUGGACGAUGGUUAUAUCCGUCCGGUCUUGGGUGGUUUGUCUCGACCCUGUUUCGUUUGGUCGAUGAUGCAAUGAGUAACCCGCUUUCCUUCCUUUUUUGACAUUAUCCGGAACGACUUACACACGCUAUACCACGUCCAUGUCCUGGAACAUUGCUUGCCCACAGGUUACCGCCUGGGGAUUAUCUCCAUCAUAGUUGCAUUUGCAUAGCACGAUUCAUGGUUUAGUCUAUAUCCUAAUCAUAAUCUGGCCUGCUGCGAAAGAACACUGCUGAAUAUGACGGAGCGCCAGGUGGUUGGCUAUCUCCUCGCACGGUCAUAGCAACGGCGGCUGGACAUGUGAAUGAUAUAUGGAUCUGUAGAAUAUUUGCGAGGUGGUCUGCGAUGGAAGGGGAUCAGCACACAGCCAUGGUGCCGCCAUCACCUGCGCGUCGCUCGAUUCGGGCAAGGAGGCGGCGUGAUGCGCUCGCGGCUCUGCUUCGCCCGGUUUGAGGUCGAAAGUUGGUGCAC